UGUUGCUGUGAUGACCACAGGCAUGAGCACAGCAGGCGUUCAUCGAGGCUUCCUCAGGAAAUAUGGGGGGUUUAUGUUCAAACAGUGGAAGGAGAAGUAUAUCGUGCUGACCCUGGAGGGAAGUUUGUUGGUGUGCCGAGAUGCAGAGUCCCCUCCAGACCAGGUGGUUGCACUACAAACCAACUGUGAGAUGAUUGUAGAGGGACGAGAAAUCCUGGACCUGCCUAAGUUGCCUCCAGGGGGCAGGAGGGACUGCUGCUUCGCCCUCAUCCUGCCACAAAACAAAUUCCUGCUGCUCCUCACUGACAAUCCUGAUGACUGCAUUCUGUGGCUGAAUUUGAUCAGGAAAGUGAGAGAGGGUGUUAUGUCACCCCUGACCAUUCAGAGACGGUGCAGCAUCACUCCCUGUAUCACCGACAGAGACCCCCUGCCUGACUCCUCCAGUGAUAAAGACCCUGGGUCCCCGAGGUUUUGUGAGGGCACCCCUCCUUUGUCUCGAGUCACUGAACGGGGAGGCUCAUUCAGAGACAGAGGCCAAAACCAAGCCAGUGUACCACGACGGCCUUUUCGCAGUGUUUCUGUGGCCCCCCCUCAUCGUGUGUCUGAUUGUCUUCGCCAUGGCAACAGUAGCGAUGCACGGGCGGUGCGGGCAGUGUGCCUGCUGAUGGGAGGGGCAGCGGCCUCUUCUGCCCUGGGCUACCUCAACUCCUGCUCCCCUUCUUCUCCCCUUGCCAGCAGAGCCCCAGAGAUCGCUCAUGGCGCAGGGGGCUUCUCUGAGCUCCCCGCAGGAGGCUCUUUCCAUGCCUGCAGCCAGGACGUAGACUCCCCUCACUUCAACAGCUUCGACUUUGAAGGAGACUCCGACUUCGACGCAUUUGACUGUGGAGGAUUUGCGUUUUAGUUUUGACUAGAAAGACUGAGAGAGAAACUGUUUCAAAGACCCUUUUCUUCUCAUUGAAAUCCCUGUGUUGGUAUUCCUUUAAGAUAUAAGGGCAUUGUAAUUAAUUAAUCACUCAUUUGUUAUCUAUGCGUCUAAUUUAUAAAUUAAUGAAGGUGUUCUUCCUGGCUUUACGCCCAUGCUCCUCAGGUAAAUCAUUCAUGAUCUUGACUCCUCUGAACACUGUCUGUCUGUGUUGUAUCAGUCUUUCCAUGCCUCAGGACGGCUUGAGGUUAACUCAGUGAGCAGUGUGGAGGUUCCAGACAGCCACACUGACGUUUAUGAGGACAUUUUAGUCUUUUAAAGAAAUACUUUACCCACAAAAUGACUAUUUGUAUAACAGUUACUCACCCAGUGUUACCUUGAAUUCAUGAAGAAAACUUUGUUUCUUGCAUGCCCUAAAGGUGAAUGAAGAAUCCAAAGAUAGACGUUUAACUGCAGCAAAACGAUGUCAAAACACACAACUUGUGUAGUAUAAUCCAAGUCUCUUUUGUGCAGUUGUAUUUGGUGCCAUGCCAAUAUUCCGACGGCCCAAAAUUCCAAAGCCCCAUAAUCCUGAAAAAAGUCGCAUCCACAGUUCUGUUUCUCAGAAAAUACACACUCUCUGCAGUUAGCAUUUCUCAGUUGUCCGAGCCACCAAUUGUGAGUGUUUUAACCGAACCUUUCGGCAUUUCACAGUAACAUUUGAGAAACCGAUCCCUGUCUUUUUUUACCAACCCUUUGCAGUUUCUCAGUGGUGUUUGAGCUACUGAUCCCUUGUUUUUUUUUCCAAACCUUUGCAGUGUUUCCCAGUGGCAUGUGAGCCACCGAACCAAGGUGUUUUUCAUCAACCCUUCCCUGCUUUUACAGUGACUUGUGCCGCCACACGUGGGUGUUUUAAGCCAAAACAUGAUCAUUUUCCAACCAUAACCAAGUGUUUUUUGUGCUUAAACCUGACCACACAUUCACCACAGUAUUGUUGAAAAAAUGUAAGGUAGUCAUGGUUUACAGAAACUUACAAUGCAAACAUUGCUUCUGGCGAUUGAGUUGUCCAACUGCAGGGAGUGUGUAUUUUCAGAGAAAAGGGACUUGGGAGCAAUGGGCAAUUGCUUUUGGGAUAACAGGCUGUAAGAGAAAUGGCCAAACAGAAUUUUGUGGCCAUUUUCUGGCCAUUUCUGCCAUUUUGUGGGGCAGUUGUGUUUCUCUGCCGUUUGUCUCAUCAGUGUUCAUUUAAUAAUUUUUUUUUUUAAGGUUUGACCUCUGUGAAUAUUUAUCCGUAUUCUUGGCACUUUGCUUGGUUCCUUUUGCCCUGCUUUUAGAAACCGCCCCCAUUACCCACCAUCUGCACAAACCAGUAUCUCACAUGAAAUGCAGUCCAAAGGCGAACUCUAAAUAAAUCCUGCUGUCACCAUGACCGUGCGUCUUUCUCUCUACAUCCAUCUGCUGUUUGCUGGCUGGCAUGGAGCCGCAGUGCAGACAGCAGGCCAAGGGUUGGAGAGGAGGGAUGAUGGAGCAGAUUUGCACAAGAGGGGGAUAUGCAGAGCCUGAACGGCCAUGUGUGCUUAUGUGGGAUUUUGUCGAACAGUAAAAAAAAUAAUCUCAUGGGUUUAUAGCUCAUGUGUUGGAUUUGGAGUUGUGUACAAGCUUGUGUGCGCUCUCAGUUUUUACACUCGAAUGGGCUUCAUGUGCGGCGAUGAACAUCCAGAAAAGCCUUCUUUUGUCACAUACAAGAAGGACUCGACUGACACAGUGAUCAUGAUGCCAUAAAUGAAGAGAAAUUGUUAUUUUACACACAGAUAAAUAUAAAUCAUCAACAUCCUGGAGAAUACUUCCCUUCAAAAUAUAAAUAUAACUGCUUAGAAGUAGUUUUUGAUAAUCUUUAGUUUAUCUUGCCACACAUAUCACUAUGUUUAUCAUAUCAUGAAUGUUGUGCAAUACAUCAAAGCCUUGUUGCUUAAUAUUGGCAUGACUGCCAACCAGGCCAAACAGCCUCUGAAAGGAACAAGUUGUGUGGGCUGGUAAUUAUAGUUAAAUAUACAGUAGAUACAAAUGUGUUUGACAACAUGCACUACUAAGGCACAGGUUCAAGUAAAUGGUGUUGGUGUUGCAAAUCGAGUUUUAAGAGUUUUUUUUCCCAUGUACCUACCAACUUUCUGUUAAAUAUGAACAACAAACACUUUAAACACAAAACUAGAGACUGGCAGAAAGUAAUUCAGUAUGAGAGACCAACGAGGAGACGACGAGAAUACAAAGUGCAGAGAAUGUUAUGGGAUUUUCAAUUAACUGUGAUGUUGGCAGUGCUGGUCUUAGCUUUGCUGUGGCUAUUUAGCAUCACACACACAUAUAAAAUCUGUCAAAGUUUGGCAAUUAAUCAAUUUAAUUCUUUUAGUUUGUAUAAUCGUGAAUGUUGCAGUCUGAUAAAUCACGUCUUGGUCAAGCUCAGUGAAAUUUAGAGGCCUGUGAUGAUACUGUAGCUGGGCUGGCAGUGGAUCAUUAUUCAGUCAAGGAGCCCCUGGUGGAGCAGGCAGGUAACUUCAGUGGCAGAGUGCAAAUACAGACUUAACUCAAAGUUACCAAGAACAAACAAAGGGUGCGUUCAAAUCUCUUAUCAAUGAAAACAGUGAUUCCUUUACAGUGUCUUGCAUGUUGCUUUUUGAGUG